UGUAUGGAAGCAUCUGAACCCUAAAUGAAUUAUGAACCAAAAGAAAGAAUAUAAUUUAAUAUUGAAUGUGAAGACUUUAAUCAUAAAGGUGAAUUAGUUUAAUUUAUACUUUUGAAACAAAAAACUGAUCUUAGAUCAAGACUUCUUUGUAGAAAGUGUAUUGAGGGUAAGUUUAAUUAAUAAACCAAUGAAAUUUGUCUAAUAUCUGAUGUAAAAUUAUAUUAUAUUUUAGGUUAUGGAUGACCCUUUGAAUGCUUUAAAGUUUACAAAUUAUUAAGAUAAUGUUAAUUAAACUUUUAGUGAUUUCUUACAUUCUUAUGAUUUUUCAUUUGAUAAAGAUGCAAUCCAAUUUGUAAUAUAUUUAUUAAUUUGGAUAGAAAAUAAAUGAAAUCAAACAAAAUUUUCUCUAUUUUCUUGAUAAAUUAGAAAAAAAGUUAAUAGAAAAAUGUGAAACAUUUUAAGAAACUAAGAGCAAUUUUGAUAGUCUUGGAGAAAAAUUUGCAUAGGUAAGAAUUAAAAAAAUAAGUUAUAGUGCUUCGACACUGAGAAUCUUAAAAAUAGUUUAAAUGAGGCACAAGAAAAAUUCGGUAAAAUUACUACAAAAGAUAAGUAGAAAUUAAGAAUGGAUGUUAAUACCUAUGUGAAAAAUUUGCACUCUUUGAAUAAAGAAACUAAUUCAGAAUAAUAUUAAAAAUUAUUUGAUUAAAUAAAUGAAAAUAAAAAGAAUCUAGCUAGUAGAGAAAAAUAAUUAAGGUAUGGUUUUUUAUAAAUGUAUUAGACUCUUUAAGUUUAAAUUAGAUUAAGGACUAGAUAAAAUAUUAUAGGAACUUAAGAAUAUGGAAGAAACCUUUUGUACACUUAAUUUGAGAUAAUCUGAAUUAAGUACUUCUUACAUGGAUGAGUUGAUAACGAAAAUAAAUCCUAUAUUUAAAGAACGAAACAAUUUUUAGGAUAAAAUCAAAAAGAUUUACUCAUCAAAAGAUGACGGAUUGAAUUCAUUGUAGGUAACCUAGAAAAUCAAUAAUUUGGGUUAAUUAAAUUUAUAGACAUUGCUCUUUAUAUUUUAGACUUCCUCUUAAUAAACGUUUGGAGUAUAUUUUUCUUAAAAUUCAUCAUAAAUAUUUCAUUAAAAUAAAAGAUAGGAAUUCCCAAUAAAAUCAAACAUUACUCCUUUAAUAAUAAAUUACAACCAAAAUUAAUCUGAUAUAUUAAUGACUUUUGGACAAAAGGAUAUACUAAUAAAGUCUUCAUUUAUUGGAUGCUCAUCAAAUUUGGGAGAAGGGUUUAUAGUAAAUCCUAAAUAUUAAAUUGGACAUCCUAAGAGUCACUUAGCCAAUUAAGAAGAGUUUGAUAUUGUUUAGAUGGAAAUCUUUUAAAUAUUAAAGUGA